GACCGGAGGCGGGUUCGCUCGCGAUGUCAGUGCAGUCCGUCGAGCCUCACCUGACCUGCGCGGGAGUUCCGGUCCCCUCCCGCCGGCCUUUGGAGGAAAAUGAAAGCGAAAGGGGGAGGAGACUUAGAGUAGAGACGGCCGCGCCAUGAAGCCUCUGCGGCUGCUCCUCGCUGUGGCUUUGGGCCUGCUGCCCGCCGUCUCUGCCGGGCCGGAGGCGAUUGAGUGCUGGUUCGUGGAAGACGCGGGUCGGGGCGGCCUGAACAAGAAGCCUGCCGCAUUGCUGCUGCGCCCAGGACCCAGGGGUCCUCCGCCCCGGCCACACCUUGACCCUAAGCUGUACUUCAAGGUGGAUGACCCAGCGGGAAUGCUCCUGGCUGCCUUCAGGCGGUACCCCUCGGGCGCCCCCGCACCACACUGCGAGAUGAGCCGCUUCAUCCCGUUCCCCGCCUCGGCGACCUGGGCCAGACAUCUGACGCCGCAGCAGAGCUGCCCGCGGGCCCUGGACGGGGACUGGCUGCUGGUCAGCGUGUCCAGCACGGUCUUCAGCCUCUCCAGCCUGCUGCGACCUCAGCCCGAGCCCCAGCGGGAGCCCGUCCUCAUCACCAUGGCAACAGUGGUGCUGACUGUCCUCACCCACAGUCCUGCCCCUCGGAUCCAACUGGGAAAAGAUGCAGUGAUGGACCUGAGCUUUGCCUACAUGCCCCCGACUCCGGAAGAUGCUCUGUCUCCGGCCACAGGUCCCCCUCCCUUUGGGCUGGAGUGGCGACGCCAGCACAGGGGCAAAGGUCACCUGCUGCUGGCUGCGACUCCUGGGCUGGUUGAGGAAAUGCCACCAGCCCAAGAAAAGGCUGUGGCAUUUGCUUCUUGGGAUGACAAUGAGCCCUGGGGCCCGUGGACUGGGAACGGGACCUUCUGGCUGCCAGCUGUGAAACCGUUUCAGGAGGGUGUCUACCUGGCUACUGUGCACCUGCCCUAUCUGCAAGGACAGGUCUCCCUGCAGCUGACUGUGCACAAGUCCCCCAAAGUGUCUCUGACACCAGCACCCCUUGUGUGGGCUGCCCCAGGAGAGGCACCCCCGGAGCUGCUCUGCCUCGUGUCCCAUUUCUACCCUGCGGAAGGCCUGGAGGUGGAGUGGGAGCUCAGAGGUGGUCCAGAAGGCGGUUCCAGAAAGGCUGAGGGGGGGACGUGGCUCUCCACCGUCCGCCACCAUUCUGAUGGCUCUGUCAGCCAGGCCGGGCACCUGCGGCUCCCCCCAGUCACUGCCCAGCAGCAUGGAGUCCGCUAUGCCUGUCGGGUCCACCACCCCAGCCUGCCCGCAUCGGGUCGCAGUGCUGAAGUCACCCUGGAAGUGGCAGGCCUCUCUGGGCCUUCAGUCGAGGACAGCAUAGGCCUGUUCCUGUCCGCUUUCCUCCUCCUGGGACUCAUCAAGGCACUGGGCUGGAUGGCUGCCUACGUGACCUUCCGUGAAGACUCAAAGGUGACGGUAACAGCUGCCAGCCUGGACUCAAAGAAGUCACAGUAAAGAAACUCAGAUCAGUGGACGCCACUCUCAGUUUUGCCCCAAACGACUCCAGGAGCUCCUCCCCUAAACGUCAUCCCUUCAAGUCGUCUUCUCCUUCCAUCCAGUGGCUGGGGUUUUCUAUGUCUUACUUUUGUUGUUGUUUUCUUGUUUUAGCCCUGGCUGGCUUGGGCCUCACCAAACCAACCAGGCCAGCCUCGAAGUCCCAGAGAUCCGCCUGCCUCUGCCUCCCUGGAGUAACCCAAAGGCAUUGGCCACUGUGCCUCGAUGAUUGUUAAUUUUUUUGUUUAAGCAUACAUCUAGCAUUCUUAAGAUUCUAGGGCAGUGGUUCUCAAACUUUUGGGUCCUGAUACAUGUUAAAAAUGACCAAGAAGCCCAGAGAGUUUUUGUUAUGUGGGCUACAGCUAUUGAAACUAAAAAAAAAAAAAAAAAAAAAAAA